AUGUAUAUGAUGGUUGGAUUUGAUCCUUCUUUCUUUGGUGAUGAGACUAAAUUUGUGCGUGGUCUAAUUUCUGAAGGAAGUGUGUAUUGUCUGCCUGGCUCCGCCUUCUCGUUACCAAAUUGGUUCCGUCUUGUAUUAGCCUUUCCAAACGAAACAACAACUGAAGCUUGUGAGAGGAUUGCGGCCUAUUGUUCUUGA